UCUACGUCGAGCGCACGCUACCAGCUACGGCGUAGAUCCAGCUACGUGAAACUAUAACUUUACGGACUUUUCAGUUUUCAUGAAGAACCUUAUUCAAAAUUGGAUGUUCAUCUAAUGGAUUAUUUUCCAUUAUCGUUCUUUUUCUUCUUGGAUGUUUCUUUACACUAAUUUCUGUAUUUCUGGUUAAUGAAGAGGCGUUUAUGAACUUAUUAUGGGAAUUUUAAUAUUUUGAAAAGUUUGUGUGAUAAUGACUAAACAAAUGGACUAAGUGAAUCAUCGAUUAAACGAAGAUUUUAGAAAAAAAUAUUUGAAGAUUCCAUCUUCUCGAAAAUGAACCGGUUAUGUAAAUGGGAGUUGUUACAAAAAGCUUCGAGCGCAGGAAUGGUGCCGUGUAAAGAUGUACAUCUAGAGGGAAUUACGUUUUUGGAUCAAAUGAAGAUACAUCAGAGUUAUUUACUCUUAGAAAGAAUUCGGAGCGUGUUGCCGAGUAACAUCAACAAUGCUACGUGAAAUGCCGAGGAAACAACAAAAUGGGCCACACUUACAUGUAUACCUACGCGAACUUAACUUCGUCGAAUUACUCACAAUCUUACAACGUAAUAGACGUUGAUAAAGACGACUGUGCUGUCGCAGAUGAGCCUACAUAUCCAAGUAGUUUCGGAAUUAUGCUGGCCGUCCCGGAAUGGGAGGCCAUUUGUACAGCCAUAGUCCUGACACUUAUCAUCAUUUCGACCAUUGUGGGCAACAUCUUAGUGAUACUGAGUGUGUUCACGUAUAAACCCCUGCGAAUUGUUCAAAACUUUUUCAUAGUAUCUCUCGCUGUAGCAGAUUUAACAGUUGCCAUAUUAGUCCUUCCUCUUAACGUAGCUUAUUCGAUACUCGGACAAUGGGUGUUUGGAAUUUAUAUGUGCAAAAUGUGGUUGACUUGCGACAUAAUGUGCUGCACAUCCUCCAUACUAAACCUUUGCGCGAUUGCCCUCGAUCGAUAUUGGGCAAUAACGGAUCCAAUAAAUUACGCACAAAAGAGAACUCUGGAAAGAGUGCUUCUCAUGAUUGGGAUAGUAUGGGCAUUAUCACUUAUCAUUAGCUCGCCGCCAUUGUUGGGAUGGAACGAUUGGCCCGAAGUUUUCGAACCUGAUACACCAUGUCGUCUAACCUCGCAACCUGGCUUCGUCAUAUUCUCAUCUUCUGGAUCAUUUUAUAUACCAUUAGUAAUAAUGACAGUAGUUUACUUCGAAAUAUACUUAGCCACUAAAAAAAGAUUAAGAGAUAGAGCUAAAGCGACAAAAAUUAGCACUAUAUCUAGCGGACAGAAUAGAUUCGCUUCUAAAGAAAGUGAUGAAAAAGACCAAGAUUCUGUAAGCUCAGAAGCCAACCACAACGAACACCAAGGCGUGACCCGCCUCGUAUCGGACAACGAAAAAAAGAAGAGGCCAAAAAAGUCGACACCUAAAAAGAAACCAAAGUGUAGAUAUUGGAGCAAGGAUGACAAAUUUCAAAACAAACUCAUCAUUCCAAUUCUGUCGAAUGAUAAUUCUGUUACUGACGUUGCAGAAAAUGUUGAGAAUCGAAAUACGUCUUCUGAAAGUAACUCGAAAGAAACUCAUGAUGAUCUAGAAGUGAUCGAAACUUCGAUAAAAGUUGAAAAACGUCAAAAACCGAGCCAACAGAAUACUGUGUACCAAUUUAUAGAAGAGAAGCAGCGCAUUUCUCUCACUCGAGAGCGUCGUGCUGCUCGGACGCUUGGAAUCAUUAUGGGAGUAUUUGUUGUGUGCUGGUUACCAUUUUUUGUUAUUUACCUUGUGAUACCAUUUUGUGCGAGUUGUUGUCUAUCAAACAAAUUCAUCAACUUCAUAACUUGGCUCGGAUACAUAAAUUCCGCUUUAAAUCCUUUAAUAUAUACAAUAUUCAAUAUGGACUUUCGAAGAGCGUUCAAAAAACUGCUGUGCAUAAAACCGUGAAUUGCAAAGUUAUAAAGAGAGAUCGUGCCAAACUGUAAAUGUAGUGAAAAGUAAAAUAUAUCAACAAUAAAGCCGCUGAAUUGCUCAAAUUACUAGAGAUUCAAAACUUUGACUUUUCUUCAAAUAAAGUAGUUGAAUAUGUAUUACUACCUAUUAUAUAUUAAUAUAAAACAAUUAAUCAUAUAGCAUUACGUAAAACAUCUGUAACAUUGUUAAAAUUGUAGUUUAUCUUGUACAAAAUUUCAUUUCACCUAAGCUGUUAGAUCUUAAUCUAUUAAAUAUUUAUUACUAAUAUAAUAAUGUUAUAGAAUUAUAUUCUAGAAACUGUACAUGAUUAAUCAUUUGGUGCAUAGCACAGUAGAUGAUUGACUGUUGAAUACUUAUGUAAAAUAUUAAUAUCUAUGUGAUCUCAAAAUACUAAAUUUAAAUAAUAAUAUUAUAUUUAUUUAAUAAUAAUAAUUUACGCCAACGAAAAUUGUUGUAUUAUAUAUAGCAAUAAUAGAAUUGUAAAUACAUAUCUGACUUUCUUUGUAUAUAUAGAUAUUAUUGAUGGUAUUUUAAAUAUGUUAACUCAAUAAAAUAUGUCUACUAAAAUAAUAAUGUUGCUUCACAUACUUUACUUAAUAUAAAAUUGACACUUGGAAAAAAAUAUUUUCUUUGUUACAUUAAAUGAAGAAAGGCGAAUUUAUUUAUACUCGAAUUAUUAUUAUUACUGUAUCCCUUUGAAAUAAUUU